AUGAAAUCGCCCAUGUUCAAAACCCUAAAGGAAACCCAAAAACUCAACCAUUUUCCGGGCACAUUCCAGCUGGGCCGCAAAGACAGACUGUGGCGCAACUUUCAAAAAAUGAUUUCCAAACACGGCCUUAAGGAGUUCGGCUUUCUACCUCACACCUACGUACUACCUCAGGAACUCAAACUGCUCAAGCAAAAUUGGGAUUUCAAAAAUUCAUCGUCUUCAUCUGCCAGAGGCGUAGGCAUUAAAGUAAUCAACAAAUGGUCUCAACUGCCAAAGAAAACCUCAUUGGUGUGCCAAAGAUACGUGCAUAAUCCCUACCUCAUAAAUGGAAGCAAAUUCGAUUUAAGGCUGUACGUUUUAGUAACAAGUUUUCAUCCUUUGAGGAUAUAUUUGUAUCCGGAAGGCUUGGCCCGAUUUGCCAGUGCCAAAUACAGCGAUGACGUCAAAGACCUAAAAGACAGAUACAUGCAUUUGACAAACUAUAGUAUUAAUAAGCUGAGUAGUCAGUAUACGGCUAAUGAGGAUGCUAAUGCUUGCCAGGGGCAUAAGUGGACUUUGUCUAAAUUAAUGGAAUAUAUGAAAAAUGAAGGUGUCGAUACUAGGGGUUUGUGGAAGAAUUUGCAACAACUAGUCAUUAAAACGAUUAUUUCAUCUGAGGCCCUUGUCACACCUCUUUGCGAAGAAAACAUGAACAACUACUAUAAUUGUUACGAGUUGUUUGGGAUUGAUGUGCUAUUGGAUGAACAUCUAAAGCCCUGGCUACUAGAAGUCAAUAUUUCGCCUAGUUUGCACAGUGCUUCGCCUUUAGAUGCGCAUGUAAAGGGCCCUUUAGUACAAACCCUAUUUAAUAUGGCCCAGUUUCACUUUCCAGUCAAAUUGGAGCAGAAUAUUAAGACUGCACCUCCCGGUUUCCAGCCGCGAUUGUACACAAGGGCUUUAACCAAAAAGGAGAGAGUAAAGCAUACUAGAUUUGUUUUGUUUGAGGAGAGAGAGGAUUAUGUUUAUGAUGUUUUGAAAGAGCUAACGGGAGAUGAUGUGCGGCAAUUGAUUAGGGCCGAGGACGAGUUUAUUGCUAAGGGCCAGUUCGAAAGGAUUUUUCCUACUAAUCACACUUAUAAGUAUUUGCAAUUUAUGGAGCCCCGAUAUUACAAUAGGUUGUUUGAUGCUUGGGAGACGAAAUACUCUAGUAGGAGGGAAGAUGGCAUUUCUUUGCUGCAAACAAUGUGCUCGCAAAAGGUGCAUUGUAAAGUGGGCGCCCUACAUAAGAAUUGUCCGAGUACGAUCCUUGCCAGCAACAUGCAACCGUCCAGCAAGGGCCAAACGAGACCCCCCGAAGAAAUCGCCGAGCAGAAUACACUAGCAUUUAACCUGCCAAAUAACGAAGAAGAAAGCUAA